AUGGCCGUGUAUCUGCCGAAUCAGAUCGCAGAAGCCCAGGCAGCUGUUAUUUUCGAGAGACCUGUCAUGUCAAGCCACUCUAGUCCAGUUGCUAGAUAUAGAAGCCUGACGUUUUGUGAGUAUCGAGCCAAAGUGAGCCUAGCUGAUCCGCCGACAUCGACUCAUUGCGCGACGAUAUAUUUGUGUCUUAUGACUGCGAUUCUGAACCCGAACCCGAACCCGAACCUCUUGAUUCUUCCUGUACGCCAGGAAAAAGGAAAUGUGCGAAAUGCCAGAAACUCGGUAGACGCUGCUUCCGGUGCCGUUUGA